AUAGAAAAUUGUAGAGUCCAAAUAAAACUGACUGACAGUUGGUAGUUGGGUAGGGUAAGAAUAGAGAUAGAAAAUUCAGUUAAUUCAUUGUCAGAGCUGACUAUGCAAUUCUGUCUUUUUCACGUAAACUCACACGUUGUGUGAUUUGAUUAUUAUUAUUAUUAUAAUUCCAUUUUUACCAAGAAUUAUUGGCACAAAAGAUUUUACAUUUCUCAAAGUUCCAUCAUUUUGUGGAGUCUACAACACAAAAAAGAAUGUCAAUUUCUGGUAGUUUGACUGAUGGAUUGGUGGCUAAAAAACGUGAAAAAAUCAUCAUAGAUACUGAUCCUGGCAUUGAUGACAGUAUGGCGAUAUUAAUGGCAUUCCAGACCCCAGAAGUUGAGAUAGUAGGCUUAACUACCAUAUUUGGAAAUGCUACUACAAAAAAUGCUACACGAAAUGCAUUAAUUUUGUGUGAGACUGCAGGAUAUCCAGAUACCCCAGUGGCAGAGGGUAGCCUUGAACCUUUGAAGAGAGGGGAGCCGCAUGUUGCAGACUUUGUUCAUGGUUCAGAUGGAUUAGGCAACUUAUGCUUACCUUCUCCAAAUACUAAGAAAAUUGAGAAAUCUGCAUCCGAAUUUCUGGUGGAUAAAGUAUCCGAAUAUCCCGGUGAAGUAACUGUACUUGCACUAGGACCACUGACAAAUCUGGCUUUGGCUGUUAAAAGAGACUCAAACUUUACAAGCAAGGUGAAGAGGGUGGUAAUACUUGGCGGUUCCUUCUUCGCUCUGGGAAAUGUUAAUCCCGCUGCAGAAGCAAAUAUAUAUGGGGAUCCAGAGGCUGCAGAUAUUGUGUUCACUUCAGGAGCAAAUAUUGAUGUUGUUGGUGUCAACAUUACCACGCAAGUCAAAAUGACAGAUGCUGACCUUGAUGAACUGAGGCUAUCCGAAGGAAAACAUGCUAAACUUUUGUGCAACAUGUGCAAAUUUUACCGAGAUUUUCAUGUUAAGUCAGAUGGCGUAUAUGGAGUCUUUCCUCAUGAUCCCGUCACCUUUAUGGCACUAAUUAGACCUGACCUCUUCACGUAUAAGAAAGGCGUUGUGAGGGUUGAGACACAGGGCAUUUGCGCUGGGCAUACACUCAUGGACCUCGGGCUAAAGAAGCCGAAUACGAGCAAUCCAUGGACAGGGUAUCCUCCAGUUUCUGUUGCAUGGACAGUUAAUGUGGAUGAAGUUCUGAGUAUUAUCAAGAAAACUUUAAUGAAACCAUGAAUGCUUUCAUCAUUGUAUCAUAGUCAAACCUACUAUUCUUGAAAUUGAGCAAUGCAUUUUCUGAUUAUAUUGCUCAUUCAAACUGUAUUAUGUACUGAAAUUUGGACUUGAAAUGCCUCAUGUAGACAUUUAUUUUGAUGAUCAAAGUAAAAGAAAUUGUCUAGGAUAGUGGAUGAUGAAAAUUUUAUGACUUUAUGAUCUUCCAUUUAAAAGUACAAAAGACCUUUGGG